CUUUGAACAACCAAUUGAUUAGCUCAAAUGAAAAUCAAUAAUUCAAAAUAAAACAUAUAACAUAUAACAUAUGCUAUUUUGGAUAACCGUCGGUUGCCGACACUUCUAGCCCUACAAAAGAGCAUAUCCACACAAACUUAUAGCAACUAGCAAAUUUCCACUUAUUGGUCCCUCACUCUCCACCCAAGAUAACCCUGUCCCAUUUCACAAUUGUUCUCUGUUUUUGUAGUUUAUACCCUCCUUUUUUCAUCAAAUUCUUUCACUUAUUCCCCUUAAAUUAAUUUAAAUCAUCAAAAUUAAACAUGGGUUUUGCAUAAAAAUUAUAAAUUCAUGUUCUUUUUAGAGAAUUAUGAUGAAUUAAAUCAUUGAAUAUCAAUUUUUAUUUGAAUUAUAAAGCAAAAAUGAUACACACAAAAUCAGAAUCAGAUAUUACAAGUUUAGCACCAUCAUCCCCUACAAGGUCACCAAAAAGGCCAAUUUAUUAUGUGCAAAGUCCAUCAAGAGACUCACAAGAUGGAGAAAAAUCAGCUUCAUUACAAGCAACACCUAUGUAUAAUAGUCCAAUGGAGUCCCCUUCACAUCCUUCAAUGGGUAGGCAUUCAAGAAACUCGUCGGCUAGUCGGUUUUCGGGUGUUUUUCGAUCUUCAUCGGGUCGAAAAGGUGGUAGUCGGAGGAGGAAUGAAAAGGGUUUGCCUGAAUGUAAUGUAAUACUUGAAGAAGGUCACUAUGAUGGUUUAGAUGGGAAAGGGUUUUCAAGAAGAGUUCAAGCCUUAAUUGGUUUGCUAAGCUUUGUUGUGUUGUUCACUUUGUUUUGCUUGAUUAUUUGGGGUGCUAGUAGACCUUUCAAAACUCAAGUCACUAUGAAGAGUUUGAUAGUACAUAACUUCAAUGUGGGCGAAGCAACAGAUAACUCAGGAGUACCCACAAAAGUAAUGACAUUUAAUGGUUCACUCAAGCUGGGCAUUCACAAUCCUGCUACUUUCUACGGCAUUCAUGUUAGCUCAACUCCCAUCACCCUUCUUUACUCUCAGAUUACUGUUGCCACUGGCCAGCUACUAAAACACUACCAACCAAGAAAAAGUAGAAGCACAACUUCAAUAAUAGUGGAAGGUGACAAGGUGCCACUAUAUGGAGCUGGAUCAACCUUAGAUGUGUCGAGUGUACUUAGUGGCAAAGUUCCAUUCAUUCUAGAAAUGGAAAUCCAUUCACGAGGUGAUGUUGUUGGAAAGCUAGUCAGAGCUAGGCGCCAUCUUAAUGUCUUCUGCAAUAUCACUGUCGACUACCCAACUACCAAGCCCAUCAAAUUCAAGAAGAAUACUUGCACUUAUUUUUGAUUAAUUCCAUUGUUUUGGGAACGACCUAAUAGUGUCAUUCGCCGCAAUCUCCUUUUGAUAUGGGUGUAUUUUGCCAUCUUUUACGUUUCUUCAGAUUCUGAUUGUAGUUUUGAUGAGUAAGAUAUAUGGACGGGCAUGAUGAUGUUUUGGGUAAUGUAUUGCAAAGGUAUUUGUAGAUAUGAGUGUAUUCAAAAGCUAGUUUUUGUAUGUCUUUCUUUUUUCUUGUCUAGGCAUUAAUGUUUCAUUUAUUUGUUUUAUAUGAUUAAUAAAUUAGUCAGAGAUGCUAAUUGUGAUGAACAA